GCAGGCGGGGCGCGGGAAUGUGCCGCCUGACGCGGGGCGCACCCGGGGACGCUUAGCGGAGACGUGGGUGUCUGUCCGUGAGGAGUCUGGGUGUCCACAGGGAGGCACCGGGGCUGCACCGUCCGAGAGGGGCUCCGGCGUCCACGGGGAGGCCCCGGGCUGCUCAUCCACGAGGGGCUCUGUGGGCCACGGGGAGGCCCGGGAAGUGUUCCGUCCGGCCGGGCUGCCCCGGGUCUGCUCUCUGCUCUCCUUCACACACCCGGAGCGAUCUGUGGUGCAGGGGAGAGAUGCUCCGGCCCGGAGUGCAGGCGGCGGCGGAGGCAGCAGCCCGUGACGGUGUUGGGCACAGUUGUUACACACAGAAGUAUCAUCUAUGCAGGAUUCAGACUUUCUCUGGGAUGGCUUAAGUCAGGAUCAGGGGGAGGGCGUUCAGUUUUGGCGGCAGAGCUGAUACCUUGUUUGUGCCCUUUUAGUAAGAGAUGUGCGAAAGCUCACCCCUGGAGAGGGUAACAGUCCUCGCGGUCGUGGUCAUGGUUAUGGGGAGGGGGUGGGUACGAGAUUUGAGUUUUUUAAAUACCCAUUUCUUUGGUUGGGUAGUGUUGGGUCUCCCCUGGCGUUCUAGGAGCUAGAGCAGCGGCUUUAAACAGAGGUGGAUGAGAGAGGAAAACAUUCUGGCCCUAACGUAGUCCACUGUCUGUAACGGAUGUAGGGAAUCAGGCCUCCAAGGAGCGGGGCGCUCAGUUUGCUCUUUCUUGGCUGGGGACUGAUGCUUGCUCUGGUGAAGAGCCUCCUCUAAAAGCGCCUCAGGGAGGCCUCAGCCCUGUGCGUCUGGGGCUCCUCCCCGCCAGCACGUGGUUGACCCUGUGAGUCUUGAGUGCAGUUUAUGCUGGAAAAGUGCAUGUAAAGGGGGGAGGGAGAGAAAAUGUGCUUGAACGGAGGUUGUUUGGAGGAACUUUGGGUAGCGGUGGAAAUGUGCAUGGAUAAGUGUGAGCUGUUCCUGGACCGUGGUAAACCAGGACUGGAGAGAGCAUCCUUCCCGAGUUUUGAAGGUGGAAACUGGAGUUGACUGGUGAGGGUGAGGAAAUCUUUAUUCACUGGGCUUGUCACUGGCGUGAACGUUAAGAUUCUGACGCCCAUUCUGGAUGACAUGCUUGUGGCUCUGGUGAUUUAACAGGCCACAACCGGGGAGCACGUGAUUUUGAGGGCCCAGCACUGUACCUGCCCGGUCCAGCCAAGCACCUGACUGCAUGCUGCAGGAACAGCACGCCCAAGUUCAGACACCCCAGUGAUGCACCAUGCCCAUAGUCGACAAGUUGAAGGAAGCCCUCAAGCCUGGCCGCAGGGACUCGGCUGACGAUGGGGAGCUGGGGAAGCUUCUGGCCUCCUCUGCCAAGAAGGUCCUUCUCCAGAAGCUGGAGUUCGAGCCAGCCAGCAAGAGUUUCUCCUACCAGCUGGAAUCACUGAAGAGCAAAUACGUGCUGCUGAACCCGAGGACAGAGGGAGCCGGGUGCCACAGGAGCGGGGAUGAGCCACAGGCCAGGAAACAGGGCAGCGAGCAUGUGUACGAGAGCUGUGGUGACGGCAUCCCUGCGCCCCAGAAGGUGCUCUUCCCUGUGGAGCGGCUGUCUCUGCGUUGGGGGCGCGUCUACUGCGUGGGCGCGGGGCUGCACAACCUUGGCAACACCUGCUUCCUCAACUCCACCGUGCAGUGCUUGACCUACACACCACCCCUGGCCAACUACCUGCUCUCCAAGGAGCACGCACGAGGCUGUCACCAGGGGAACUUCUGCAUGCUGUGCGUCAUGCAGAACCACAUCAUCCAGGCCUUCGCCAACAGCGGCAACGCCAUCAAGCCCGUGUCCUUCAUCCGGGACCUGAGAAAGAUCGCCCGGCAUUUCCGCUUCGGGAACCAAGAAGAUGCCCACGAGUUUCUGCGGUACACCAUCGAUGCCAUGCAGAAGGCUUGCCUGAGCGGCUGUGCCAAGUUGGAUCGUCAGACACAGGCUACGACUUUGGUCCAUCAGAUUUUUGGAGGCUAUCUCCGAUCGCGGGUGAAGUGCUCCGUGUGCAAGAGCGUCUCAGACACCUACGACCCCUACUUGGACGUGGCGCUGGAGAUUCGGCAAGCUGCAAAUAUCGUGCGUGCUCUGGAACUUUUUGUGAAACCAGAUGUCCUGAGUGGAGAGAACGCCUAUAUGUGUGCGAAAUGCAAGAAGAAGGUUCCAGCCAGCAAGCGGUUCACCAUCCACCGGACAUCCAAUGUCCUGACGCUCUCCCUCAAGCGCUUUGCCAACUUCAGUGGGGGGAAGAUCACCAAGGAUGUGGGCUAUCCGGAAUUCCUGAACAUCCGUCCAUAUAUGUCCCAGAGUAAUGGUGAGCCUGUUAUGUACGGGCUGUACGCUGUCCUGGUCCACUCGGGUUACAGCUGCCACGCUGGGCACUAUUACUGCUACGUGAAGGCAAGCAACGGACAGUGGUACCAGAUGAAUGACUCCUUGGUCCACUCCAGCAACAUCAAGGUGGUUCUGAACCAGCAGGCCUACGUCCUCUUCUACCUGCGGAUUCCAGGCUCUAAGAAGAGUCCUGAGGGCUCCAUCUCCAGAACAGCCUCGUCCCUUCCUGGCCGCCCCGGGGUGGUUCCAGACCACAUCAGGAAGAAUAUUGGCAAUGGGACCGCAACCUUGCCACUGACUGGAAAGAGACCAGACCCUGUGACAGUGAAGACGCCACAGACUCCCGAAGAGCUUGGCGUGCCCAUCGCCAGGAAGGGCUCUGUGCCGGGCCUGAAGUCUCAGAAUGGAUACACUCCUCCCAAGCCGCCCCUGGGGUCCCCUUCCCCCAAACUCUGCAGAACGCCCACCCAUGCACCAACCAUUCUGGAUGAGCCCGGAAAGAAAGUCAAGAAACCAGCUGCCCUGCAGCACUUCUCCCCGCCACUAAAGACCUCCCCAGGGUCCCCCAGCAACGGCGAGCCGGGUGGCAGAAGGUGUGAGGGCCGCAGGCCGGGCUCCUGGGACGGCAGGGCCGCCCGCUCUACCUCACCCUGGCCCCUGGCCACGGGGACCACCAACGGGCUCGGGCCCAAGGUGGGUGACGAGGGCCCCACUGCCGAGAGGAGGGCCUCCAGCCCCACCAGGCCCCCCCAGGCCCCCCGGAGCGGAGCCACCCCUCUCGGCGAUUCUCAGGGAACCCACUCUGCCACCACCGGCCCCACCAAGGUGCUGCCGGCCCGAGAGGACACCGAACUGGUGAAGGCCAAGUGCCCCGACCUGAGCAGCGCCGCCCCCGAGCCCACCAACACCAUGUCUCCUCCGCCGGCCAAAAAGCUGGCCCUUUCUGCAAAGAAGGCCAGCACCCUGCGGAGGGCAACCGGCAAUGACCUCUGUCCACCUCCCCUCUCUCCAUCCUCCGACCUCACUUCCCCCCGGAAACCCACUCACCCCGUCGUCGCCUCCACCUGGCCUGUCAGUACAAUCCGGGCUGUGUCACCUGCUCCCAGACCAUCCAGCCAUCUGAAGCCCCCACUCAUCCCCUGCUCCCUGUCACUGUCCAGCAGCCCCCAGCCUCUCGGGACAUCAGAACCACAGAGCUGCUCGCACACCUCUGCUCCCCUGCCUCAGGUCAAUGGGGGCUUCCGGGCCCCACCACACCAGCUGCCAGAGGCCAGCAAGUUCCCCCAGAGCCUCUGUAAGAAGAGGAGGAAGACCCGCCUGGGAGAGACACAGGGCAGGGGCUCAGAGACCUGCACGGCCACGGUGGCCCCUCCCGGGAAGAGGAGGAGGAGGAAGAGGAAGCACACAGGGGACACGGAUGCCUCCGCCCCACAGGAGGGGCGGAUGCCGGGGCCGCCCUGGAGCCGUGAGUGCAGGAAGGAGGGCCGGGCGGAGCCACCAGCGGACAGACUGGAGGAAGAGGGCGGACAGCAGCCGGGGAACAGCUGGCCUGAGGGGCGCGUGACCGACGGCCACCAUGUGAGCAGCAGGAAGAGGAGGAGGAAGGGAGCGGAGGGCCUUGGCGGAGAAGACUGCCUCCCCCGGGAUCCACCUUGGCACGGGAGCUGCUCUCCCUCGGACGUCAUCCAGCCAGAGACGAUUGCAGCAUCACCAAGGAAAAAGAAAAAGAAAAAAAGGAAGCAGGAGUCACGGCAGGAAGUAGACGAGAGUGAGCCCGAGGGCCAGAGGGGCUCUGCUGUUCCUGAGGGCAGGCCCUUGCCGGCUGUGAAUGGCCAAGCUCCUGGGGGCCCCACAGGGCUAAGACAGACUCCUCUUGUAUCCUGGGACAGAGAGAGAGAAUCUGAUGUGGUCCAGGAAUUGCUCAAAUAUUCAUCUGAUAAAGCUUACGGGAGAAGAGUUUUGACGUGGGAUGGUGAGGUGUCAGCUGUCAGUCAGGACGCCAUUCAGGACAGCAGGCUGGCCCACACGGCCACGGUCAUUGACGACUGGGACGAAGAGUUCGACCGAGGGAAGGAAAAGAAAUUGAAAAAAUUCAAGAGAGAGAAGAAAAGAAACUUCAACGCCUUCCAGAAACUUCAGAGUAGACGGAACUUUUGGUCUGUGACUCAUCCAGCUAAGGCUUCCAGUCUCAGCUAUCGCCGCUGAAUUUGCUGCUGUCAAGAUAGCCUCCGGAGAUGAGGUCCCUUCCCAGGGAUUAUCUGUCUGGACUGAAGAGCCACUUGCCGUGGACUUGCUGGCCCUGUCGGCUCCAGGCCUGCCAUGGGGGGAUGGCCCACAGAGGCCCUGGGCUUCUGUGGAUCAAGACUUCUGGUGACACAACACACACUGUGACAGACCACACGGUGACUCAUGUAGCAGGGGCAUCACAGCGACUGGGACCCAGGAUGGGGCCAAGUGCCCUGUGAUGCUGGCCAGUGGCAUCUGGCCCAGGGCUGCGGGGGAGAGUGGGGAGGACGGCGGCUGCACCUUCCCAGGGUGACCUCAAGCUCCAGAGAUGACAGCGUGCAGGCAGUUGUUCUUCUCGAUGGGCCAUCCGUCCUCCACUCCUGGCAGCUGGCACGCCGUCUCAUCCUGCGCCUCCCGCUUCCUCAGGCGGGGGUUCUGUAUGCCUUACCUGUCCACUCUCAGAAAGUUGGAGCCCCAGGCUGGCCCCACGCUGCUGCCUCUCCCUUUUUUGGAAUUGGGGGGGGGCAGCCCUGCCAUUGCAUCUCCCUGGCAAGAAACUCCAGACCCUUUCAGGAGAGCAGGUAGCUGCAGGGUGGGGGCCAAAAAGAUGUGCCGACACAUCUGCUUCUCAGGCUGCUACUUGUUUCGAGGUGGCUUUGCUGGACCCUCCCUUGCAGCUGCAGUAACCCAGGGGUCCUUACUGAGGUGGUGGUCUUGGGGUAGAUUUCUCCUUUUAUUUUACUACUUGAUAUAAAACAUUUAUUUUUGACCAGGCCUGUGGCUUCCAUUAGCAAUAUGUUUCCUCUCCCUAAUAUGCAAAGAGUGGCUUUGUUUCCUCAGUUUUGUGAGCGCUGUUUGAAUUUAGAUGAUGGUGUAACUUGAGAAGAUCACGAUCGCUCUUUUAUCUUGCUCAAGCUGUGCCUGCCAACUUCUAAUUUAAUAAACAUGGGAAGUCCUCAGUGAGGUGAUACUGUUCAGAAGAAAGACCAGUGUCCCAGUGGUAGAAGGUGUGGACGUGAAUCUGAAGAUUAUCCUCAGCACGUCCACACUUCGUCUCCUCCUGGGACCGCUUCACGUGGGAGUGGACCGAUGCUUGGUCCUGUCCUUCGAGUGGUCUCCUCGGCCUGAGACCCGAUGCACUUGUCUGGCCCCCACUUUCUUCCUCACGGAGCCUCGCCCUUUGCUCUGGCGCGUGUUCUGGGGCCUGGGGGAUCCUGGCGGUAUCGAAAAAGCGUUACAUUUUUUAUACGGGGAGAUAUGAUCACUUUUUCACGUGGGUCGUUCUUUCUGUUUUUUCUUUCUGUUUCUGUAUUUCUCUUUUAAAAGGUGGGGAGAAUAAUACCAGUGGCGUGCGCUGGGGCCGCCCUGAGCCCAGCAGAUGGGAACCAGGCUCUGCCUGGACUGGUCCAGGAGCCUUUUUGCCUUUUUCCAGAGGACUGAUUCCCGCAUGUCAGCCACACCUUGCUCAAAGCCGAGGGGCCCACCCCAGUGCCCUCUGGCUUUGUCAUUUGUCAUCUCGGGAGGGAAGGCAGGUGCCUCUGUGGGAAGGUUUUUUUUCUCUCUUGAGAUGUUGACAUUCAUUCCUGUAUGAACUAUUUCCCUGCCCAUAUUUUUGUCAUGUGUGUGUAGGUGAAAAAAGAAUUCAGUUGUUUGCUAGCACAGAAUUUAUCUGCUUUCUUUCUCUCCCUUUUCUUCAAAUCAGUCUCUUCCUUUCUCCACUAUAUAAUUAUAAAGCCUUUUCCUGAGAAAAACGUACCCAUUUUCUGCCGGGCAGUGAUGAGCACUGGCCUGAAUCUGCAGCAUUUAUCACAGUUAAGUAGGCUAGUCCUGCCCUCCCACAGAGAAUCAUCAGCCACACUGGGAGGGAGGGGACAGGCCCAGUGCGUGCAGAUCCUCGGUGUACCUGUAUAAAGAACUAAAGCUUCUAUAUGGCGGUCACUUGAUUGACUUAGCACGUGGGUUUAAUUUAACUUCCUGUUUGGUGGGGGGACACCUCUCCCGGUGGCCCCAGGUCCCCUCGCUCCCUGCCUCUUGGCUGGGGCUCUGGUCACACUGCAGCCCCGUGUGUACGUGGAGCCCGUGGCCGGUGACCUGCAUCUCCUCUCCAGAGGCUGAGGGGCCCCAGAUGUUGCCAAGUUCUCGGUGCAAUAAAAUGACGAGUUU